UCCUUCGCCACCAGAGCUUAGUGCUCGUAUAGGCAAGGAGUUGCGUAAUCCAUAUCUUUCUUAACCGAUAACUAGCCCAAAGUCUACUUCUUAGUCUUGGUAUUAUUAUUAUUCUGAUGGAUACCCCUGCACUAGGGUCGUAUUUCGACCAGGGAAUGAAUGCACUUGAUCCUUCCAGGAAUGGGUUGCCCGCCGAGGCAGAAAUAAAAAAGAAAAAAGAGAAAGAGAGAUGGGAUUAAAGUGGUGUGUUUCCAAUCCAUCCGCGCUUGAUUGUUGUUAUUCAGAUAUGCUGCAAACAUGACGCUCAGCUACGCAAACCGGGGGGAUGUGGUGGUCGUGUCGAACAUCAUCUUGGCCGUGCUGGCCGUGGUCUCGUCGGGGCUUCGCUUCCAGACGCGCAUCUUCUACUCCAAGGCGUUCAGUUGGGAUGACGCCUUUCUGGCCGUUUCUGUGGUCGGCACCGCCCUGACGCUCACGUUCAACCUGCUGGCGGUGAAAUAUGGCUACGGGCAGCACGUCAAGACGCUGCUGGUGACGGGGCCCAACCCGGCGACGGCGCUCAAGUACCAGAUCGUGUCGGAGGCGACCAACAUGUUCGCGAUGAUGGCGCUCAAGAUGAGCCUGGGCAUGAGCUUCGUGCGCCUGCGGCUGACCAAGGCGAUCACGGCCAGCAUCUACGGCACGAUGGCGGUGGCUCUGCUGUGCAAUCUGUGCGCUCUGAUCGCCAUCCUGGGCCAGUGCCGCCCCAUGGCGCGGGCGUGGGACCAGGCCGUGGACGGGACGUGCUGGUCCAACAACGUCAAGACGGUGACGUGGUACGUCCAGUCGGCAGGCAACAUCCUGUCCGAUCUGAUCUUCACCGUCGGCCCGCUGGUCUACAUCUCGCACGUCCGGGUGUCCAAGUACAACCGGUGGGCGCUGCGGGCCGUCUUCUGCUUCGGCCUGCUGGCCACCGUGUGCGGCAUCGUCAAGACCAUCGAGCUGCACCAGCUGCUGCUGGGCUCCGACCCGACCUGGGACACGGUCGACCUCACCAUCUGGUACACGGCCGAGAUGGACGUCGGCAUCUUCGCCGCCUCGCUGCCCGCCCUCAAGGCCCGCUUCGAGGCCAUGCUCUUCCACUUCUUCCAGAUCAAGGCCGGCAGCUCGCAGUACCGCAGCAACCACGUCUCGCACACCGUCACCACCCGCACGGGCGCCCGUGGCGCCGCCGCGGGCAUGGGCAUGAACAUGAACAUGUCCGUCGACAUGGACAUGGACAUGGAUGUCUUCCAGCACCGCGUCAUCACCCAUUCGCACCGCACCAGCGACAACGACUGGGCCAGCGAUCGCCAGAUCCUGCCCAGUCCCCCGCCGGGAGGCAUCUCCAAGACCAUGGAGAUCCGGGUGACGGAGGAGAUGAGAGACUCGGACUGACUAGUCUUGUAACUUCUACUAUACUUCUUACUUCUUACUAUACUACUAUACUAUACUAUACUAUACUUACUAUACUUCCUUACUUACUAUAUACU